GAAGAGGGAGCCAAAACUGGCAACUUUUCCAAAGUGCCCAAGUUCAGUCACUUGUGCUGCUGCAACAGAAAGCAAGAAGACGAGUGUAGCCAGGGUGACCGAGCGGUAGAAAAAGCCAGGAAAAGUGAGAGAAGACAGGAGGAGGACUGUCAUUCUCUGCCUUCAAGUCUAGGGGGUCUAGAUAUGUCAAAACACGGCUACACAUAAACGCAGAAACAAGGACCAGGCUUAGUCAGCAAGAGAGGUCUUUUAAAGACUCCCAAGCAGCGUGCUUGUAUUGUGGACGGAUGAUAGAGGGAGAAAUAGAGGAGAAGAAGGUGGAGAGGAAAAAAGGGAAACAGGGAGGGGCGUGCUCGCAUUAGAAGGUGGCUGCUUUCCUUACUGUUGCAUUUGAAGGACAGAGGAGGAAUCCAUCAUCUGAGAUCAUCUCGACAGGACCGCACGUCUCCAUCGCUCCAUCGAUUCAACCUCCCCUUGCAGGGAUAGAGGUGUGGCGAUGAAGAGACCUCAUGACUACAGUUCCCCGGACUCGGACACAGACGAACUGAUCGAUGUCGGACAGGAGGACAGCUACUGCCCUGUCACUGGGUCCAUGUCUCCAGGCAGUACCUCACAGAUCCUGGCGCGCAAGAAGAGAAGAGGGAUAAUUGAGAAGAGGCGCAGGGACAGGAUCAACCACAGUCUGUCGGAGCUCAGGAGACUGGUUCCCAGUGCCUUCGAGAAACAGGGCUCCUCUAAACUGGAGAAGGCUGAGAUUCUUCAGAUGACAGUGGAUCAUCUGAAACUCCUUCAUGCCAUGGGCGGCAAAGGCUACUUUGAUGCUCGUGCUCUGGCAGUGGACUACAGGACUUUGGGCUUUCGGGAGUGUGUUGGGGAGGUGGUGAGAUACCUCAGCUCUCUGGAGGGGGUUGAAUCCUCAGACCCCAUCGGCGCGCGCCUGGUGUCCCACCUCAGCCACUGCGCCAGUGAGCUGGACCCUCUCCUCCAGAGCUCCACCGCUCUGCCUUUUCCUCCCUGGCCCUGGCCUUCCUUCCCUCAGCUAGCAGCCACCUCAUCUCCAGUCUCAUCUACCCCCUUUCCCCCAAACGCUCGCCGGGAUCUGACCCCCCAUGCCACCGCCGCCAUGCUCGGCUACCCUUCAGCGGCCCUGCGAAUGGGAUCUUUGGGCACCCAGGGGGCGAUAAUGAGUCCAGCGCUGACCCCGGUGCGUCGACUGCCCUCUAUCCCCGGCCAUCCUCACAGACUUCAACAGCACUCACCUGACGGACACACAAUCCCCUCCUCAUCUUCCACCAACUCCUCCCCUCCCCAGAUUUCCUUCAGACCCUUUGCCCCUCUGGGGUCUCCAGCCCCAGGUCGCAGGGGUUCCGGUACCUCCAGUAAGUCCGCACAGGCCUGGGGCACAGAAAUCGGGGCGUUCUGAAUCAGCAUUACGGAGAAGUUUGGAGUUUAUGACAGUCUGAAGGGACAAAUAAAUCUUGGUCAUUUGAACUUAUUUACCACCUUUAAAAGGAACUACAAAGCAUUGGACAAUUCAAAUUAAAAUGUUUAUUCAGUACCAUCUACUAUUCCAACUCAAAUGACAUUUAGAAAUAAUAAGAAAAAAAAAAGUCUGAUUGUUUACAGAGACAAAUAGGAGGGAAAUUAAAUGGACUGUAUAAUCCAAGUCAAAAUCAAAGGCAAAUGCAACUCUCUGAGAGACUAGAUGUGAUAAAUGAAAUGCUCAAAGCAAUUCAGUGCUUUGAACUUGGAUUUCGAGAUCCAGAUACUGGAAUUUUCUAGAACUCUGAUCUUUUAUCUUUUUUUUAUAUUAGUGUAUUUGUUUACUCUGUCAUUUAUACAUUAAUUUCCUAUGGAUUCUGACAUGAUAUAUCAUAUUUUUGAGAUGGAAAUGCUUGAGGAAAUUACAUAAAGAGAAAUGUGCCUUAUAAAAAAAGCGUUACUCUUCUUCUCUUAAUUGUGUGUGCAACUACAUUGAGCUUCCAGAAGAUGGCAGCACCAGAGCAAAUCAUUAAAGGAA